ACGAACGAAGCGAUGAGCAUGUUGUUAUCUCAGAACGUUCCGACAACUAAGAUUAGAAGAGAAGAGUCAGACGAUGACGCUAAGGGAAAGAGAAGAAAGAUGGAGGAAGAUAACGUUGAAAUGAAAAAGCUCGAGACUUUGUUAUUCGGGUCUCUCUAUAACCCGGCCACGUUCGAUGACGGUUCCGCUUUGUUUCAUGUGAACCGUUCUGCUGUGACGCUGACGCACACACCAGAUUACGAUGAUGAUGAUGAUGAUAUCAAUCAAUCUGAGGGAGUUAGAAAGGGAGAAGCUGCGUGGGAGGACGAAGAAGAGAAAGAGAUUAACGUUAACAUAGCUACUGUCAACCGUCUGAGGAAGCUAAGGAGAGAGGAGAAGGAGGGUUCGAUCUCCGGUUCUGAGUACAUUGCGAGGCUGAGAGCUCAUCACGCCAAGCUCAACCCGGGAACAGCUUGGGCUCGGUUUGAUUCUCUAAAUGAUGAUAAUGAUAUCCUCAGGACUAAUGAAGAUCUUGUGGUGGAGUCUGGUGGUAACAAGCUGUGUUCUGGUAUUCUCGAGUACACACAGCUCGAUAAUGCUAACGUAAACGAUCGUUCAGACGCUCCAAUAAACUCCGUCCACUUCCACCAAAACGCUCAGCUUCUUCUCACCGCCGGAUCAGACAAAAGAUUAAAGUUUUUCCACAUCGAUGGGACGAGAAACGCCAAGAUACAAAGCAUAUUUUUUGAAGAUUAUCCAAUCCACAAAGCCUCCUUCUUGCCAAACGGCUCUCAGGUGAUUGUCUCAGGGAGGAGAAACUACUUUCACAGCUUUGAUUUAGAGAAGGCUAACUUCGACAGGAUCGGUCCUUUAAUCGGUAGAGAGGAGAAGAGCUUGGAGAAUUUCGAAGUCUCGCAAGACUCCAAGACAAUAGCCUUCGUUGGAAACGGAGGCUACAUCUUACUCGUGUCAACUAAAACUAAAGAGCUCACAGGAACGUUGAAGAUGAACGGUUCGGUGAGGUCUUUAGCGUUUAGCGACGACGGGAAGAAGCUGCUGAGCUCGGGAGGAGAUGGGGAAGUCUACGUGUGGGAUCUGAGGACGAUGAAGUGUUUGUACAAAGGUGUUGAUGAAGGAAGCACGUGCGGGACUUCGCUUUGCAGCUCGCUUGAUGGAGCUUUGUUUGCCUCUGGGACGGAGAGAGGGAUUGUGAACGUUUACAAGACGUGUGAGUUCGUGGGAGGGAAGAGGAAGCCGGUGAAGACGGUGGAGAAUCUCACUUCUCAGAUUGGUUUCAUGAAGUUUAACCAUGACGCUCAGAUUCUUGCUAUAGGGUCGGCGAUGAAGGAAAACAGCGUAAGGCUGGUUCAUGUUCCGUCGCUGACGGUCUUCUCGAACUGGCCGCCGAUGGGGAGGAACGUGCGUAAUCCUCGCUGCUUGGACUUUAGCCCUGGGAGUGGAUACAUGGCUUUGGGAAACGCUGUGGGAGAAGUUUUGCUGUACCAACUGAAACAUUACGAGAAAGCUUGAAGUGGCCUUAAGCGAGGGCAGUUUGUGUGUCCACUUUUGUCGCAUUAGUCUACUGUUAUCCUUAGUAUUUUUUCUGAUUAUUUGAAUUGAG